AUGACUGGCAACAAAAUGGAUGAAAAGCUAGAGCUGUACUUUGAGGUCUUUGACAGCAUCUCCAAAGGAAAGAAGGCCUUUGGAACGAAAGAACUGGGCGUCGUCAUGCAGUCAUACGGAAUGAAACCCAGCGAGCUUGAGCUACAGGAUAUGAUCUGCGAACUGGACAGCAAUGGCACUGGCGAAGUGGAGUUUGAAGAGUUUGUUGACGUGAUGAUGCGCAAGGUGAAGACGCAUGAAGCUGAAGAGGAGCUCCGUGAAGCCUUCAAGAUCUUCGAUGUCGAUGGCAAUGGCUUCAUUUCCGCUCGCGAUCUUCGCCAGGCGAUGACCAAACUGGGCGAACGCCUCUCCAACGAGGAAGUGGACGAAAUGAUUCGCGAGGCCAACUUUGACCACGAAGGGGAGAUCAACAUUGAAGAGUUCAUUAUGAUGCUCACUUCAAACAACAAAUGA